UAUUUCACGCGACGGAUGCGUUCCUCCAUUCUACAGGCUCUGUGCUGAUGUGUUACUAAAACUAGACUCAAGUCUCUCCUUUUGGGCUCAUCUUCUCAUGCAUGGACACAGUCUCCGAGUUUUAACUUAAGAGAAGGCUCCGGUCGGGAGGCUCAUGUGAAAGAAACCGGAGACUAACAGCGGGAAUGGCGCCCAAAGGGAAAGUCGGCACAAAAGGAAAGAAGCAGAUCUAUGAGGAGAACUUGGGUACUUUGCAGUUCUACACACGGAUCAUCCUCGGAGCCAAUGCAAUCUAUGCAGUUGUGAACCUUCUCAUUUUCUACAGCUCCUCUUCGUUUUGGACAUGGCUGCUGCUGGCGUUUGCAUUAGCUGUGUACAUUGGCAGUUACCGCUCAAUGUCAUCCAUGGCCAAGCCGGUGUUUGCUGAAGAUGGGAGUCUGUUAGAUGGAGGCAUAGACCUGAACAUGGAGCAGGGGAUGGCCGAGCACCUGAAGGACGUCAUUCUGCUCACGGCCAUCGUACAAGUGCUCAGCGUCAUCUCCUCGUACUUCUGGUAUCUGUGGCUUCUGGCUCCAGCCCGCGCCCUCCACCUGCUCUGGGUCAACAUCCUGGGGCCCUGGUUCACGGCAGAGAGCCCAUCAGCUCCAGAGGAGGUGAAUGAGAAGAAGCAGAGGAGGCAGGAGCGCAGGCAGAUGAGGAGAUUCUGACACUGUACAGGCUAAUCUAAUACAUGCAACACACAGGGCCAUAGAGACAUACCUUCUUCUAUAUUGUACUGUUCCACGAAACCCCAGCUCAACCGUACACUCUGGAUUCUUCUUUUCCAUCUGCGUUUGUGUUGUUCAGAGUCCAAUUUACCAGAAAAAGUCUUUUUUUUUUUUAUCAUGUUUUAUCAUCUCAUGAUCUACCACUGUUUAAAGAUGCACUGUGGAAUGUUCCAUAUUAUAGCAUUAAACUUCUCUACCUGACAUUGUAUUUCAGUUAUAGUGUUUAUAUUUGGUUAAACCCAGACAAAGACAAACCUUCAUUCUUACUGUGAGUGGGAUCUUGUCACCACAGAUGUGACCUACACUAUGGCCUUUUUGUCUCCAUGGAGAUGGAUCAUUUUAUUUAGAUUUUGGAUAAUACAGUGAAGUAUGAUCUCUGCGAACAGCAGCUUUGUCAGGACAUUGCACACACACAAACACAAAACACAAAGGACCUUUGAACUAAGAGCAUCUUCUGCUCAAACUGUGACAUCAGCUCCUCAUCCAGCUUCAGGACACAUUGAUGUCUAAAGGACUGUCAGCAUACAGCACGACACCUGCAGACUUUGUAUGGAGAUGAGCAGGUGAACCUCCAUCAGAAAAGUUUAACAGUGCAUCUUUAAAAUGACAGCUUCAUCCCAUCGACACACAUGUCCUGUUCAGUCUGAGGAGUUUUCUGACUGUUCUUUGAUUUCAAAACAAAUGUGCCCAGUGUUUAUUAAAGAUGACCCAUUAUUAAAUAAUCUUAACAGAUGUGGAUGAAAGUGGAGAUUUCUAAUAUAAUGAAUGAUGCAAUGUUUUUCAAUAAAAGGAAAGUAAAUCA